AUGCACUCAAUCUUCUUCCUCAGCUUCCUCAGCUUCCUAUGUCUCGCCUGUGCCCGCGCCUCGCGCAUCCCCGGCCUCCCUCCAGUUCAAAGCUUAAAGGAAUACGAGGACCAAGUCGUAAUUCGCUUCAACAUUUCUGAUGCCAAAGAUGCAGCGGCUUUGCGCACUGUUGUCGACCGCAUGCUUUUAGAUGUAUGGGACUUCACCGAGAGCCGUGUAGAUAUCCGAAUUCCCAGCCGACGCAUUCGCUUUUUAACUCGUGCUCUACCCUCAUCUCUACUCGACAACCACUCCAUCCUCGUUCCAGACCUUGCACGUGUGGCUGCUGCGACUUACCCCAGUAGUCGUCCAAGUCUGGGUCAAAACCCCCAUCAACAUUUUCAUCAAGGCACCACGCCCGCAUCUCAGGAUCCCAUCAAAUAUGACAUUGCCGAUGUCUACUUUCACGAUUACCAGCCAUACUCUGUCAUAGUGGCUUGGAUGCGACUGGUCGACUCUAUGUUUCGAGGCCGUGGUCUUAUACAGAUGAUUAGUAUCGGGAAGUCUUAUGAGGGUCGGGAUAUCCCAGCUCUACGAGUCGGAAUUAGGCCUGACCAUGUUACCUCGGGUCACCGGCGUGAGAUUAUCCUCGUAACUGGUGGCUUCCACGCCCGAGAGUGGAUUUCCACAAGCUCGGUUAAUUAUGUUGCGUGGUCCUUUAUUCAAUCUAUGGAUGAAGAUCCCGUAGUCAAAAAGAUCCUAGAGCGUUUCGACUUCGUUUUCGUUCCGUUAUUGAACCCUGAUGGGUAUGACUAUACUUGGGAGGUUGACCGUUUAUGGCGCAAGUCUCGACAGCGGACUAAGAUGUCAUAUUGUCCAGGGCUUGAUCUUGACCAUUCCUUCUCGUAUCAAUGGGACUCGGAAGGUCGUCAGCAUGAACCUUGCUCGGGAAGCUACGGCGGCGAAGAGCCACUUCAAGCUGUCGAGGCUUCUCAAUUGGUAAACUGGGCAAGGAAUGAGACCGAGAACGGCUUCAAGUUUGCGGGGUAUCUUGAUCUACACUCGUAUUCCCAGCAGGUCCUUGUCCCAUACUCUUUCUCAUGCCAGGUCCAGCCACCCAACAUCGAAAACCUCCAAGAAGUUGCCAUGAAUUUAGCCAAGCACCUGAGGCUAUCAAACGGAGAGUCCUAUACGGUGGCGUCGGCUUGUGGCGGUAGUGGCUCAGAAUCGAUUGGACCAUUCGUCGAAGCUAGAGGGGGCUCCGCGAUCGAUUAUUUCUACCAUGAACUCAAAACUCGUUACAGUUACCAAAUCAAGUUGAGAGACACGGGAAGCUACGGUUUUCUUUUGCCAAGUGACAACAUCGUCCCCGCCGGCGAGGAGAUUUUUCAAGCUAUGAAAUACUUGGGUGACUUCUUGCUCGGGAACAAUGGUCAUGAAUGGUUACAAGAAAGCGACGGAGACGAGCAGGAGCCCCCUACCAAGGAUGAUGAAUUACCAAUUACAGAACUACGGAAACGCCAACCGGAAAACAUGAGCGGUGAUGAACAUACAUGA